AACUAACACAGUCUUCGUGUCUGAGAGGAGAAAUGGCGCAGAAAGGAGUCGAUCUGGAUCAAGAAACCUUCAGCUGUUCCAUCUGUCUGGAUCUGCUGAAGGAUCCGGUGACUAUUCCCUGUGGACACAGCUACUGCAUGAAGUGUAUUCAAGGAUUCUGGGAUGAAGAGGAGAAAAUCCACAGUUGUCCUCAGUGUAGGAAGACCUUCAUGCCGAGACCUGUUCUGGUGAAAAAUGUUAUGUUUGCAGCUUUAGUGGAUCAGCUGAAGAAGACUGGACUCCAAGCUGCUCCUGCUGAUCACUGCUAUGCUGGACCUGAAGAUGUGUCCUGUGAUGUCUGCUCUGGAAGAAAACUGAAAGCCAUCAAGUCCUGUUUGAUCUGUCUGGCCUCUUACUGCAAGAAACACCUUGAACCUCAUUUGGAUGAAGCUGCAUUCAAGAAACACAAGUUGGAGGAACCCUCCAAGAACCUGCAGGAGAAGAUUUGCUCCAUUCAUCGUGAUGAGGUGAUGAAGAUGUUCUGUCGUACUGAUCAGAAGUGUAUCUGUUAUCUCUGCCCUGUGGAUGAACAUAGAGGACACGACACAGUCUCAGCUGCAGCAGAAAGGACUGAGAGGCAGAGAGAUCUGGAGGAGAGUCAACAACAAAUCCAGCAGAGAAUCCAGGACAGAGAGAAAGAGGUGAAGCUGCUUCAACAGGAGGUGGAGGCCAUCAAUCACUCUGCUGAUCAAACAGUGAAGGACAGUGAGAAGAUCUUCACUCAGAUGAUCAAUCUCAUCCAGAAAAGAAGCUGUGAUGUGAAGCAGCAGAUCAGAUCCCAGCAGCAAACUGAAGUGAGUCGAGUCAAAGAUCUUCAGGAGGAGCUGGAGCAGGAGAUCACUGAGCUGAAGAGGAGAGACGCUGAGCUGAAGCAGCUCUCACUCACAGAGGAUCACAGCCAGUUUCUGCUCAACUACCUCUCACUGCCACCACUCAGUGAGUCCACACACUCAUCCAGCAUCAAUGUCCGUCCUCUGACAUACUUUGAGGAGGUGACAGCAGCUGUGUCAAAGCUCAGAGACAAACUGAAGGAACUUCUGAGAGAGGAAUGGACAAACAUGGAUGUUUCAAUGCCAGAACCAGAACCAAAGACCAGAGCUGACUUCCUAAAAUAUGCAUGUCAUAUAACAGUGGAUCCAAACACAGCACACAGACAACUGUUACUGUCAGAGGAGAACAGAAAGGCGAUAAAGACGGAACAACUUCAGUCUGACUCUGAUCAUCCAGACAGUUUUACUGAAUUUCUUCAAGUUCUAAGUAAAGAGAGUCUGACUGGACGUUGUUACUGGGAGGUGGAAAAGACUGAUUACAUUGUUGAUGUAGCAGUCGCAUACAAAAACAUCAGUAGAUCUGGAGAUGAAAGUGGGUUUGGUUUUAAUGACAAAUCUUGGGCAUUAAUUUGUUAUCCAGACUGUUCUCUAUUUUACCACAACAGCAUAAAAACCUCCAUCUCAGCUCCUGUUUCCUCCAGAGUAGGAGUGUACCUGGAUCACAGAGCAGGUGUUCUGUCCUUCUACAACGUCUCUGAAAGCAUGACUCUCCUCCACAGAGUCCAGACCACAUUCACUCAGCCGCUCCAUGCUGGACUGAGGUUUUAUUCUGUUGGAGUCUCAGCAGAGUUCUGUAAACUCAAAUAGUUCCUGGAAGUAAUAAAAUGUUUGUUUUUAGUGAUUUCUCUGCUCUCCCUUAUUUUGAACUAAACUUUUUACCUGCUAAUAUUCUGUGGAGUCGUGUUUGUCGUAUAUAAAGAGAGAAAUGAGAAAUCUGUAGAAUGUGGAUACGAGACAUUUUUGCAGUAAAAUCUGUUUUCUUGUUCUCUCUUUGAACUUUGAGUUUUGACUGUUUGAAUUUAACUUUCUGACAAAUGUGUUCAUGAUUUUGUGAUGUUAUGGGAACUGAAGGAUGCUGCAACCCAAAUGGAAUCAGUGACAUCACAAGGACUUUGUUCACACAGAAACGACAAGAGAAGAAACUGAAGAUUGUUUUUUUUUGCAACUUUUUGGUACUUUUCACUUCAAUUAAAAAUGUAUUCAUUUCUUUGUACUUGGUAGAAAAGUUUUUCUGAUCAUUUGACAAUAAAACAUCCUGAUUCUUUUGUCUUUA